UUUGUCCUCGUUGGCUCCUCGUCUCUAUGCUCUUCCGGUGGUGCGGUAGCCUUCUGUGUGCUGCGCGAAGCCGGUGAUCAUGGCCGUCCUGUGCGCCCUGCGGACCGCUCGGCAGAUCUUCUCUACACAACCAGCCCAGGUUCUCCUAUCUACACAACCAGCCCAGUUUCUCCACUCUUCUGGGGCAAGAUUGAUAGCAGCUGAUAAAGAGCUUCUCGUAAAACUCCGGAAAAAGACGGGAUACUCAUUUACAAAUUGUAAGAAGGCCUUGGAAAAGUUUAACAGUGACCUUCAACAGGCUGAAGCCUGGCUGCAUGAACAGGCCCAUAAGGAAGGAUGGAGUAAAGCUUCUAAACUGCAAGACCGGAAGACAAAGGAGGGUCUUAUUGGAUUGCUGCAGGAUGGAAACUCGGCUGUACUGGUGGAGGUGAAUUGUGAAACUGACUUUGUUGCCAGGAAUGUGAAGUUCCAGCAGUUGGUACAGCAGGCAGCCGUUGCCACAAUGGAACAUUGUCGCUCCAAGCAGGCAAACACCAUUGAUUAUGCCAAGAGUUCCCUUAUGGCUGAAGAAAUAAAGCAAUUGAAAACAAGUUUAGACAGUCAUGCUCUUGCUGACCAGCUCGCCCUGGCUAUUGGUAACCUUGGAGAGAAUAUGGCAAUCAGAAGAGCUGCCUGGGUGGCUGUGCCAUCUGACUGGCACAUUGGCACAUAUGUUCACAGAGAGCUGUCAGCAGAUAACACGUCCCUCGCAAAGAUGAUGUUUGGAAAAUAUGGCGCAUUGGUGAUCUACAGGGCUCUUGAACAGAAUCCCAAAGUAAACCUCUCUGAACUAGGUCGCAGGUUAGGACAGCAUAUUGUGGGAAUGAUGCCUCAAUCUGUGGGCUCAAUGGAUGACCCGCCUGGUGACGAUUCAGAGACCAAGAUGUUGGCUCAGCCGUUCCUGCUGGACCCUGGCACAACGGUGGGGCAGUUCCUGCAGAGGAGCGGAGUGUCAGUAUUGGACUUUGUACGGUACGAAUGUGGCGAAGUAGCCAAGGUGGCAGAGAGCAUAUAGUUAGAAUAUUGUAGUGCAUUGAGAAAAGAAUAACACUUUUUCAUUGUCCAUUUCCAGAUGUUAGAAUAAAAUAACAAUCUUCAACCUA